CGGAAAUCUAAAUUUCUUGUUGUCUAUGGUUAAACUAACCGACGCCAUUAUUGUGAAACAAUUUUUAACUAAAACUUCACGUGCUUUCUGCUAAAUUUACUGAUUAAAUUGUGUAUUAAUUUACACAAAACUAAUAAAUAAUGGCCGACAACGACGAUCUUCUCGACUACGAAGAUGAAGAGCAAGCAGAUCAACAGACCGCCGAUGGAGCAACAGAAGCGGCGCCAAAAAAAGAGGUUAAAGGAUCAUACGUAUCUAUUCACAGCUCCGGCUUCAGGGAUUUUCUUCUAAAACCUGAAAUUUUGCGCGCUAUAGUCGACUGCGGCUUCGAACAUCCGUCGGAAGUGCAGCACGAAUGUAUUCCGCAGGCCGUACUCGGAAUGGACAUCUUGUGUCAAGCGAAGUCCGGUAUGGGCAAGACUGCAGUGUUUGUGCUGGCGACUCUGCAGCAACUGGAGCCGUCCGAGAACCAUGUCUACGUACUGGUAAUGUGCCACACUAGAGAGCUAGCGUUCCAGAUCAGCAAGGAGUACGAGCGGUUCUCUAAAUACAUGGCCGGCGUACGGGUGUCCGUAUUCUUCGGCGGGAUGCCGAUACAGAAAGACGAGGAAGUGCUGAAGACUGCGUGCCCACACAUCGUUGUCGGCACUCCGGGCCGCAUCUUAGCUUUGGUCAAUAGCAAGAAGUUGAAUCUAAAGCACUUGAAACAUUUCAUUCUAGACGAGUGUGACAAGAUGCUCGAGUCACUGGACAUGCGGCGGGAUGUCCAAGAGAUAUUCCGCAACACUCCACACGGAAAACAAGUGAUGAUGUUCUCUGCCACCCUGAGCAAGGAAAUCCGGCCUGUGUGCAAGAAGUUUAUGCAGGACCCCAUGGAAGUGUAUGUUGAUGAUGAAGCCAAGUUAACACUUCACGGAUUACAACAACAUUAUGUCAAGCUCAAAGAGAAUGAGAAGAAUAAAAAGCUGUUUGAGCUUCUAGAUGUAUUAGAAUUUAACCAAGUAGUGAUAUUUGUUAAGUCUGUGCAAAGGUGCAUAGCUCUGGCACAACUACUCACUGAUCAGAAUUUCCCAGCCAUCGGCAUUCACAGAAACAUGACGCAGGACGAGAGACUAACUCGCUAUCAGCAGUUCAAGGAUUUCCAGAAGAGGAUAUUAGUUGCUACAAACUUAUUUGGAAGAGGAAUGGAUAUUGAACGAGUCAAUAUUGUCUUCAAUUAUGACAUGCCUGAAGAUUCAGACACAUAUUUGCAUAGGGUGGCACGUGCAGGCAGAUUUGGUACCAAAGGCUUAGCAAUAACAAUGGUGUCUGAUGAAAAUGAUGCCAAAAUCCUGAAUGAGGUGCAAGACCGCUUCGAUGUCAACAUAACUGAGCUACCUGAAGAAAUUGAAUUAUCUACUUAUAUUGAAGGCCGAUAGAUUUAUAUUAUCUAAUAGCACUGAUUGGUUUGUGAAAUAGUGGUCUAAUAAGAAUUCACCUAUGUUUUCCCUUUAUAAGAGUUUUCUACAUAGAUUGAAUUAGGCCUCAUCUAGACUGACAGGUGAUGUUAUAGACAACAAAAGAGAACAAAAAAUUUUUUUUAAACCAGGCUUACAGCACUUAAUUUUAGUAGUUGUCCAGAGCUACUUUUGAGUAGCUUGAAAUUUUUUAUUUAUAUAGUUGUUCCGAUGCUAAAACAAUUCCAAUGUGUUUCCAUACCACUUGAAACUCAAUUAAACCCAGGAAACAUUGCAAAAAGAAUAUAGAGAAUUGUUCUAUUCUAUACAAUCUUUUUCAAAUAUUGAAUCUGUUUUAUUUAUUUUGCACUAAACAUUUCAAUUGGACAAUAAAUUCCCUAAAAUAAACCCUGUCAGUUAGGAUGCAGUCCUAGUUGACUAAGUGACAAGAUGCAAAUGUUGAGCACAGUCCAAAUUAAGUAAUUCUAGAUUUAAGACUUGAAUAAAACAUUUAAUAUUGUGA